AACACAAGCAUGCAAGUACAGACUCACACAGGCACACACACAUACAAGCAUGCAAGUACAGACUCACACAGGCACACACACAUACAAGCAUGCAAGUACAGACUCACACAGGCACACACACAUACAAGCAUGCAAGUACAGACUCACACAGGCACACACACAUACAAGCAUGCAAGUACAGACUCACACAGGCACACACACAUACAAGCAUGCAAGUACAGACUCACACAGGCACACACACAUACAAGCAUGCAAGUACAGACUCACACAGGCACACACACAUACAAGCAUGCAAGUACAGACUCACACAGGCACACACCAUACAAGCAUGCAAGUACAGACUCACACAGGUACCCACACAUACAAACAUGCAAGUACAGACUCACACAGGCACCCACACAUACAAACAUGCAAGUACAGACUCACACAGGCACACACACAUACAAGCAUGCAAGUACAGACUCACACAGGCACACACACAUACAAACAUGCAAGUACAGACUCACACAGGCACACAUACAUACAAGCAUGCAAGUACAGACUCACACAGGCACACACACAAACACAAGCAUGCAAGUACAGACUCACACAGGCACACACACAAACACAAGCAUGCAAGUACAGACUCACACAGGCACACACACAUACAAGCAUGCAAGUACAGACUCACACAGGCACACACACAAACACAAGCAUGCAAGUACAGACUCACACAGGCACACACACAUACAAGCAUGCAAGUACAGACUCACACAGGCACACACACAUACAAGCAUGCAAGUACAGACUCACACAGGCACACACACAAACACAAGCAUGCAAGUACAGACUCACACAGGCACACACACAAACACAAGCAUGCAAGUACAGACUCACACAGGCACACACACAAACACAAGCAUGCAAGUACAGACUCACACAGGCACACACACAUACAAGCAUGCAAGUACAGACUCACACAGGCACACACACAAACACAAGCAUGCAAAUACAGACUCACACAGGCACACACACAAACACAAGCAUGCAAGUACAGACUCACACAGGCACACACACAUACAAGCAUGCAAGUACAGACUCACACAGGCACACACACAUACAAGCAUGCAAGUACAGACUCACACAGGCACACACACAAACACAAGCAUGCAAGUACAGACUCACACAGGCACACACACAUACAAGCAUGCAAGUACAGACUCACACAGGCACACACACAAACACAAGCAUGCAAAUACAGACUCACACGGGCACACACACAAACACAAGCGUGCAAGUACAGACUCACACAGGCACACACACAUACAAGCAUGCAAGUACAGACUCACACAGGCACACACACAUACAAGCAUGCAAGUACAGACUCACACAGGCACACACACAAACACAAGCAUGCAAGUACAGACUCACACAGGCACACACACAUACAAGCAUGCAAGUACAGACUCACACAGGCACACACACAGAUAAAGAGAUAUUCACAUGCAAAGUGUUUGGCCAUUUGGACCCCUUUCAUUUGUGCAAUUACAGGUCCAAAAGAGCUGAUCACUGACAGGACCUUCCCUUUGACCGAGGAAGUCUCUGAGAUACAGGUCAUUCUACUGCUCCUGUCCACUGGUAUUGACCUGCAGCAGUGUUCUUACAUCCUGGUCCUGGAGAGCUAAAGGUUUUCUACCAUUCUAACACUGGUUCAAUGAAUGUACCAAUGACCAAUGAUUGGUAGAAUCAGGAGUGUUGGUGCUUGGCAGGAAAUAAAUCCGACACACUGUAGCUGCCAAGGACCAGAGGUGAAGAACGCUGGUCUAUAAGUAGCAUUACAGUUGGGAGUUGAGAGACACAUGCUUUAGUACCUGGGCGCUACACACUUCUGAUACAAUACCACCAUCUGUCUAUGAGUUGAUCUAUUACAAUGCAUGAUUUUACAGAAUUACAGAAAAGCAGGAGAAUUUUUAAAAAGUAGGACUGGACAUAACUACUUAGAUAAGAUAAAACCGAUAAUUCACGAGGGAGGUGUUCUUCCAUUUAAUCCUAGAGGCUGAGGGAGGUGUUCUCCUAUUUGAUCCUAGAGGCUGAGGGAGGUGUUCUUCCAUUUGAUCCUAGAGGCUGAGGGAGGUGUUCUUCCAUUUGAUCCUAGAGGCUGAGGGAGGUGUUCUCCUAUUUGAUCCUAGAGGCUGAGGGAGGUGUUCUCCUAUUUGAUCCUAGAGGCUGAGGGAGGUGUUCUUCCAUUUGAUCCUAGAGGCUGAGGGAGGUGUUCUUCCAUUUGAUCCUAGAGGCUGAGGGAGGUGUUCUCCUAUUUGAUCCUAGAGGCUGAGGGAGGUGUUCUCCUAUUUGAUCCUAGAGGCUGAGGGAGGUGUUCUCCCAUUUGAUCCUAGAGGCUGAGGGAGGUGUUCUCCCAUUGGAUCCUAGAGUCUGGGGGAGGUGUUCUCCUAUUUGAUCCUAGAGGCUGAGGGAGGUGUUUUCCUAUUUGAUCCUAGAGGCUGAGGGAGGUGAUCUCCUAUUUGAUCCUAGAGGCUGGGGGAGGUGUUCUCCCAUUUGAUCCUAGAGGCUGGGGGAGGUGUUCUCCCAUUUGAUCCUAGAGGCUGAGGGAGGUGUUCUCCUAUUUGAUCCUAGAGUCUGAGGGAGGUGAUCUCCUAUUUGAUCCUAGAGGCUGAGGGAGGUGUUCUCCCAUUUGAUCCUAGAGGCUGAGGGAGGUGUUCUCCUAUUUGAUCCUAGAGGCUGAGGGAGGUGAUCUCCUAUUUGAUCCUAGAGGCUGAGGGGGGUGUUCUCCCAUUUGAUCCUAGAGUCUGAGGGAGGUGUUCUCCUAUUUGAUCCUAGAGGCGGAGGGAGGUGUUCUCCUAUUUGAUCCUAGAGGCUGAGGGAGGUGAUCUCCUAUUUGAUCCUAGAGGCUGAGGGAGGUGUUCUCCUAUUUGAUCCUAGGCUGAGGGAGGUGUUCUCCCAUUUGAUCCUAGAGGCUGAGGGAGGUGUUCUCCCAUUUGAUCCUAGAGGCUGAGGGAGGUGUUCUCCCAUUUGAUCCUAGAGGCUGAGGGAGGUGUUCUCCCAUUUGAUCCUAGAGGCUGAGGGAGGUGUUCUCCCAUUUGAUCCUAGGCUGAGGGAGGUGUUCUCCCAUUUGAUCCUAGAGGCUGAGGGAGGUGUUCUCCCAUUUGAUCCUAGAGGGUGAGGGAGGUGUUCUCCCAUUUGAUCCUAGAGGCUGAGGGAGGUGUUCUCCCAUUUGAUCCUAGAGGCUGAGGGAGGUGUUCUCCUAUUUGAUCCUAGAGGCUGAGGGAGGUGUUCUCCCAUUUGAUCCUAGAGGCUGAGGGAGGUGUUCUCCCAUUUGAUCCUAGAGGCUGAGGGAGGUGUUCUCCCAUUUGAUCCUAGAGGGUGAGGGAGGUGUUCUCCCAUUUGAUCCUAGAGGCUGAGGGAGGUGUUCUCCCAUUUGAUCCUAGAGGCUGAGGGAGGUGUUCUCCUAUUUGAUCCUAGAGGCUGAGGGAGGUGUUCUCCUAUUUGAUCCUAGAGGCUGAGGGAGGUGAUCUCCUAUUUGAUCCUAGAGGCUGAGGGAGGUGUUCUCCUAUUUGAUCCUAGGCUGAGGGAGGUGUUCUCCCAUUUGAUCCUAGAGGCUGAGGGAGGUGUUCUCCCAUUUGAUCCUAGAGGCUGAGGGAGGUGUUCUCCCAUUUGAUCCUAGAGGCUGAGGGAGGUGUUCUCCCAUUUGAUCCUAGGCUGAGGGAGGUGUUCUCCCAUUUGAUCCUAGAGGCUGAGGGAGGUGUUCUCCCAUUUGAUCCUGGAGGCUGAGGGAGGUGUUCUCCCAUUUGAUCCUAGAGGCUGAGGGAGGUGUUCUCCCAUUUGAUCCUAGAGGCUGAGGGAGGUGUUCUCCCAUUUGAUCCUAGAGGCUGAGGGAGGUGUUCUCCCAUUUGAUCCUAGAGGCUGAGGGAGGUGUUCUCCUAUUUGAUCCUAGAGGCUGAGGGAGGUGUUCUCCUAUUUGAUCCUAGAGGCUGAGGGAGGUGUUCUCCCAUUGGAUCCUAGAGGCUGAUGGAGGUGUUCUUCCAUUGGAUUCUAGAGGCUGAUGGAGGUGUUCUCCCAUUUGAUCCUAGAGGCUGAGGGAGGUGUUCUUCCAUUGGAUCCUAGAGGCUGAGGGAGGUGUUCUCCCAUUUGAUCCUAGAGUCUGAGGGAGGUGUUCUUCCAUUGGAUCCUAGAGGCUGAGGGAGGUGUUCUCCCAUUGGAUCCUAGAGGCUGAUGGAGGUGUUCUCCCAUUUGAUCCUAGAGUCUGAGGGAGGUGUUCUUCCAUUGGAUCCUAGAGGCUGAGGGAGGUGUUCUCCUAUUUGAGACUAGAAGCUGAGGGAGGUGUUCUUCCAUUUGAUCCUAGAGGCUGAAGGAGGUGUCCUCCCAUUUGAGGCUAGAGGCUGAGGGAGGUGUUCUUACAUUUGAUCCAAGAGGCUGAGGGAGGUGGUCUCCUAUUUGAGCCUAGAGGCUGAGGGAGGUGUUCUCCCAUUUGAUCCUAGAGGCUGAAGGAGGUGUUCUCCCAUUUGAGGCUAGAUGCUGAGGGAGGUGUUCUCCUAUUUGAGCCUAGAGGCUGAGGGAGGUGUUCUCCCAUUUGAUCCUAGAGGCUGAAGGAGGUGUUCUCCCAUUUGAUCCUAGAGGCUGGGGGAGGUAGUGAUAGUGAGCCAGAAGACAGCAGUCAUAAGGUUCAUAGAAUCACCCUAUCCUGAUCAGAACAUUCUGUUCCGGAGUUGAGUUAAAUGAGCUGUAAAUGAGCUACGGUGCUUUUACCCAGAAAAUGCAUUGUAGACUGUAGACCAAGUAGUAGAACAAGGGUGCACACUUCUAAAAAAGCAUUGAACUUAGUUAUUCAAUUCAAUAAAUUAAAAAAUAUAGAAAAAACAUUUCAAAAACAUGUGUUUACUUUUAACCCAUAUUCUACUAUUCAUACUACCUGAUCAGAACAUUGAAAGAGCUCCAUUUAGUCCAAUAUGUACAGAUCUAGGAUCAGUUUACCUUCCCCUAAUUCUAACCUUAAGAGGAAACAACACACUGAUCAGUGUCAAGGGGCUUCAUUGGAGGGUGAAGCCAGUCUAUAUUUGUUGUACCAGCUGUGGGCUCUAGUCUAUUGUGAGAAACAUGGUAUGAGCAUAAGGUGAAUGGAUUCACCAGACUAUAAAGCAUUAGGUCAAAAUCAGGCUUCUACCUUUAAUCUCAACAUUAUACCUGUCCUCUAAUCUAACACUGUGACACUAACACAGGGAGACACACGGAGUCCUCAGGACAUGGGCUGGAUAGGAGGAUGAGAGGGGGAUGGGCUGGAUGGGAGGAUGAGAGGGGGAGUAAAGAGGGGAAGAAAAUAUGUAAACCAAGCCUACGCCUGAGGCGGGUUCUCACCAAAGAAUGAGUAGAAAAGGGGAACAGACAUUCUCACUGAAAGCGUGAUGGGUGGACGGAUGGAUACUGCGAGAUUCUGGCAAAUAAGAUUUUGGAUGUUUUUUUUCUACUUACCCAGAGUCUGAUGAACUUGUGCAUACCAUUUGUAUGUCUCUGUAUGCAGUAUGAAUGAAGUUAAAGGUAGUUUCGUGUGCCAAGUCUAACUAGUACAGAGACUGCACGUAGAAACACAUCUGACUCUGGGUAAGUAGAAAAACAACAUAAUUGCCAGAGCUCUGCAGUAUCCCUUUAACUUCUUGACGCUACCCAUCCCUUAAGCGGGAUAAUUGUCAUCAGCAACUGCUGAAUAGCAUAGCGCCACAGUCAAAUAAUAUGACUAAAAAUAUUCAUAUUCAUGAAAUCACAAGUGCAAUAUUGCAAAACACAGUUUAGCCUUUUGUUAAUCCACCUGUCUUUGAUGAUCUUCAGAUGUUUUCACUCACGAGACUCCCAGUUAUACAACAAAUGUUCCUUUUGUUCCAUAAAGAUUAUUUUUAUAUCCAAAAUACCUCCAUUUGUUUGUCGCGUUAUGUUCAGAAAUCCACAGGAAAGAGCGGUCACGACAACGCAGACGAAAAUUCCAAAUAAUAUCCAUAAUGUCCACAGAAACAUGUCAAACGUUUUUUAUAAUCAAUGCUCAGGUUGUUUUUAAAAUAUAUAUUCGAUAAUAUCAACCGGGAGUGUAGGUUUUUCAAUAAGACAGGGAGAAACAAUGGCCGCAAAACUCACUCUGAGAUCCCACACCUAUCCACUUACGCAAUGUGAUCUUUCUCGCUAAUUCUUCAAAACAAAGCCUGAAACUAUGUCUAAAGACUGUUGACACCUUAGGGGAGCCGUAGAAAAAGGAAUCUGGUUGAUAUCCCUUUAAAUGGAGGAUAGGCAUGCAUAGGAACAGAGAGGUUUCAAAAUAAGAGGCACUUCCUGAUUGGAUUUUCCUCAGGUUUUCGCCUGCAAUAUCAGUUCUGUUAUACUCACAGAGAAUAUUUUGACAGUUUUGGAAACUUUAGGGUGUUUUGUAUCCUAAUCUGACAAUUAUAUACAUAUUCUAGUUUCUGUGGCUGAGAAAUAGGCAGUUUCAAAUGAGCACGUUUUUUUUAGCCAAAA